UGAGAACAACCGCAAAUUGAUCAGGACUGCAUAGGCUAGUUUAGUAGGGGGACUGUAAGACACUGUCUGUAACUUAAGAAUUAAUUAUAUGACAAAUGUAAGAUGGCUGAUGAUACAAAAGUUCUUAAAGUCACUAGGCUACCACCAGAUAUAACAACAGAUAAACUCAAGAUUUUAUUUAAGAACAAGCGCGGCCAGGGAGGUGGGCCUGUUGAUGAUGUUCAGUUGGAUAGUUCAAACUCUUCUGCUAAAAUUAUAUUUCAAGACAGUGAAGCUGUAAAAAUAAUUCUACAACGAGGAAGCACAGUCAAGAUUGACGAAGUUGUUGUUCAGGUUGAACCUUAUUAUGAAAAUAGAAAAACAGCUGCAGCCGGGACUCAAGAUUUGCAAACAGCAAAAAAUGACCAAAAAUCAACUGUAGAAGAGAAUGAUGAAUCAGAGACCAGCAGUGACUCAUCUGACACAGAUUCUGGUGGUGAUAGUGGUCAAGGUCAAGGUAAAACUAAUGAGCAUCAGGCACAGAAGAAGCAGACGUCAACCUUGUCCAAACCAAGAAUCAAGGAAGAACAAGGAAAUAAAACCAGCGCCAGUGUAGGGAACCUAUCAAAGAAAUCAGAUAAACCAAAGAAUAGUUCUGACAAAAUCAAUUUGGCAACAAGCAGUGAAUCAUCUUUGUCUGAUGAGGAUGGAGGUGAAACUACCAAGGCAAAACAUCCGCCUUUAUCAAAACUAGCUACAACUGUAAGCCCUAGUAACCCCAAACUAGAGAAAAGCAAAGCAAAAGUUUCUGGACAUAAACCAACUUUAGAUAAAAACUUUGAUGAAAGAAAUGUUGAAAGUGAUUUCAGUUCGUCAGAUGGAGAGAGUGUUCAGAGUACUGAUGAAACAAAAACAAACAAACAGCACCGUUCAAAAACAGCAAAAACCACAGAUCCAGAACUCUCUAAAUCACCAAAAAACAAAGAUAAAGGCUCUGGCCAGAUACAUACAGGCAAUACACCACAAAACAAGGUUAAAAAAAGCUGUGAUUCAUCUUCUGCACGAGAUACUUCAACAUCUGAUAUUGACCAGGAUAAAGAUAAAAAAAGAAAUCGCACCAAACAGCAGCCACCAUCUUCUGCAGUUAAACAGAAAAAAACAGAUACAGAAAGUCCAGUCUCUGCAGAAGGUUCUAAGAACAAGUCAAAGAGAGACAAGAAACUAACCAAAGAUAUAUCUGAUACUAGUAACCCAGGAAGUGAAGCUGAUCUAGAGAAACAGCUGUUUUCUGAGACUGGAGAUCUGACUAAAAUGGUCAGAAGAACUGUGAAAAUUUCAAUCAUAGAUGUAACUAAAUCUAAAGAUUUUUAUGAACUUUUGUUAGAAGAUGAAGAAACUGGUGCUGGGCCUUACUAUAACAGACUUAUGAUGCUGGAUGGGUUGAGAAAAGUUUUAUUUGUUACAUUCAAGAACAGUAAAGAUGCUAAAGAAUUCACAAAAAUUCAACAUGAUGGAAGUAGCAAUUUUAGUGGCAUUACAAUUGCCACACUAGAGGAUUUAGACAUCUACAGCAACCUUAUUUCAGUCCAUAGCAGACAGCCUAUUACAGACAUGGGUGAACUAAAGCAUCGCAUCAGGAAACAAACUGGCCUUAAAGUGGUUAACACAUUCCAGUAUAGUGAAGAAAGAUCAAUUAUUAUAAAAUUUUCUGCAGACAGCUGUCCCCGAGAAAACAUCCCAGCAAUGACAUGGAAAUGUGCUGGUGACUUUAUGGAUCAGUACCUCAUCUGUGCUCCAGUACAGAAGAGCAGGAUGAUCUUAGUUGAAGGAAUUGAUGAGAAGAUUUCAGAUGAUUCACUUAAAAGGUACUUUAACAACAGUCGUAGUGGAGGACGCUCUGGAAUUAUUGAAAACUUGGAAAGAAAAAAUCCAAACUCUUCAAUCAUAACUUUAAAAUCUUUUGAAGCUGCCUGCAAGAUUGUUGACAAACAAGGACAUUCCUUGGAGAAUAAAACUCUUACAGUACAACAUUACUUUCCUAGUCUGACUGAAGAGGUUUACAAUAAAUGUUUUGAUCCUACUUUUGAGCCAACAGCGGAUACACUGACAGAAUUCUCAAACACAAGUGAAAUCCAAAGAAAGAGAAACAGUGACAUGGAAGAUAAAUUGGACUCUAAGGACGCGGACAUAUAUUUACUGGAACAAAUUUCUUACUUUGAUGAAAUAAAUAAAAAACACAGUCCCAUUGUGGUGUUUCCAGAUAAAGAAACAAAACAAAUAAUUAUAAGUGGUGACAAAAGUCUUCGACAGAAAGUAAAAGUAGAAAUCUUGCAAAAAUGUGUGGAUAUAAAAAAGCAAAAUCUGAAUGACACCAACAUUAGCAUGUCAAAAGUGGAGUUCUUAAAACGCAGCAAAGUUCAAAACUACAUCAAUGAAAAAUGUAAGGACAAAGGGCACAUCUGUUUCAUUGAUGGUAGAGAAAAUGUUUUCCUGUACUAUUUUCAAUCUGUAAACAAACAAUAUGCGUGCAUUGAUUUUAUCAAUGGGGAGAUCCUUGAAAAUGAAAUAAACAUAGAUGAAGACACUCUGAUAUUUAUCCAAACCAAACAAGCUGAGGAAUUCUUUGAUACACUAAAUGAUGAAACAUCACUGGUCAUUAUUCCAAAACAGAAGAAGUGCAUUACUGUUGUUUCUGUCCAAGAACAAUUCAACAACAAACUUGAAGCUGUCAAAAGAUUUAUCAGGGAAAAUAAAGUUCACAAAGCUGAAAUACUUUGCUCUAAAGAAAAACAGGAAUUCAUAAAGAGGUUUUUGUCAGACAAGAUGAAUGAUGUAAAGAACAAAAUUGGUGAAUUAGGUGUUUCACUGGUAGAAGAACCAACAAAGUUUGUCUUGAAAGGUGCUGAAGAUGAUGUCAGUAAAGGAGAAAAAUUGCUUUCACAAAUAAGUUUAAGUAUCAAGCAAGAGAACACGCGUCUAAAAUAUUUUGGCAUCAGGGAAUUUUUGUGUACUGAAGAAGGAAAACAAUUUCUGAAAGAAAUAGAAAAAGGGAACAAGUGUUUGAUUAAGAAAAAGUCUACUCAUGAUAAUUCUUCAGACAGAUCUCAACAACACAGUAUAAGCUUGGCCAUAAAAAUAGCCUAUUUACCUGUUAAUGACUGCAAAAUAGAGUUUAUGCAAGGGGAUAUUUUCUCAAUCCAGGCUGAUGCACUUAUCAGUCGAGUUGAUUCCACUGGCAAAUGUUUAGGUGCACUAGGGAAGACUGUUAUCAGUAAAGGAGGAAUGCAGAUCAAAAGUGACCUAGAAAAUAAAAUGAGUAGCUCAUCUGAUGUAGUUAAAACAUCUGCUGGUAACCUAAAAAAUGUGCAAACAGUUUUCCAUAUAGUCUGGCCGAAACCGGGCUUUGAUUUUGAUGAAGUAGCAGCUUUACUGAAAGAAUGCUUGAAACAAAUUGCAGAACAAGGAAUUAAAUCUGUUGUUAUGCCAGUUUUGGGCAUUGGCAAAAAUGUAUCCUUUCCAAAACUGAAAAUCUGUAAUUCCAUUUUGCGAACCAUUAAAGAACAUGUGCAGCAUAGUCCACACCUUCAGCAAAUAAUAAUCUGUGACGCCAGUGGUGAAAUUAUUGAGGAUCUGAUAGACAGAUGCAGCCCAGAAUUGGGUGAAGAUCCCAUAAAUGUUAAUGACAUUAAUGAAGAUGCCAGUAAAUCCAAAGACAUUAGCUCACAGCAUUCCAAAGACAAAAACUCUAAGUCCCAUCACCCAGACAGAAAUCAACACACAGACCAACAGAGUCAUGAGAAACAAAGCUCAAGGUUUGGGAAUAUAGAGAUCCAGAUUCAUAAAGGUGUCAUCACAAAAUCUAGGACUGAUGCUAUUGUAACAACCAUUGGAGGUAAUCUGGACUUAAAUAAUGGAAUGAUAUCAAAAGAUGUCCUUCGCUAUGGUGGGAGCGACAUCCAACAAGAACUCCGUAACAACUAUCCCUCAGGAAUAAAGCCUGGAGAAUUUGCUGAAUCUAGUGGAGGGAAUCUUAAGUGCAAACACAUUAUGUACGCAUACCUUCAAAGCUACAAAGGCAACAAUAAACAGUUGACUGAGGUAGUGAAAACAAUUCUGGAGACAGCUGAGAAAAAAAAUAUGACUUCUAUAGCAUUCCCUACCCUUGGGACAGGGGGGUUAAAAUACCCUGCAAGAGAAAGUGCAAAAGGAAUAGCAAAAGCGAUUGGGCUAUUUGCUAAAGAUAAAAUAAAAUCCUUGAGAAAAAUUGACAUCAUUAUUUAUUUCAAAGACUCAGAAUCUGAACAGGUUUUCAAGGAUGUAUUUUCCUCUUCCAAAAAUGAUGAAGCUGAAUCAGGUAUAUGGAGUAGUGUUAAAGGGUGUGCCAAAAGUGCAUAUGAUUCAUUAAAAAAUGUUUUGGGAUCAGGCUACAAUCAAACUUUUGGUUCAGUGACAUUAAAAAUUAAAAGUGGUGACAUCACAGAAGAAAAAUGUGAUGCUAUUGUUAAUGGUAUCAAUAAUGCUAUGGAUCUACAAGCUUCAGGAGCUGUGUGUAAAUCAAUUCUUCAAAAGUGUGGGGAUGAAUUCCAAAAGGAAUGUGAAAGCAAAGUCAGUGAUAUCCGAGAAAGUGGUUUAGCUGUGACAUCAUCAGGGAGUUUACCAUGUGAUAAAAUUUUCCAUCUGAGCAUGAAAAAGUUUGGACAACACUGGGACAGUGGCCUGAAGCUGGUGUUGGAAGAAGCUGAGAGACAGGGAGUUAAAUCUUUAGCUUUUCCUGCCCUUGGCUGCUCGGGGAGAAGAGCAGAUGUUCACCAAAUAAAAAAACUACUUUUCCGUGCAAUUGAGCAGUUUGGUACUCAUGGCAAACGUACAUUAACAGACUUGCGGUUGGUUAUUUUUAAUAAGGAACUGCUGGAUACAUUUUUACCUCAAAACCAGGCAACUCACAAAGGAGCUUAUGCACCAAGAAAUCAAGCUAGUUCCUCAGCUGGAGUGUCAGAAUAUGCUGAAUCAACAAUAUUUUAUGAAAGUUCAAAAGAUGUUAAGGAAAUUAUUAAAAAACUGAACAGUGAAUGCAGUAGGAAAUUUAUCAGUGACACAGUUAAAAAGGAAGAUCUAAAGAAAUUGGACAGCUCACAGGUGAAAGAAUUAGAAGCUUUUGGGCUAAAGCAUUAUGUAAAAGUAAACAUUGAUACCAGCGAAUGUUCAGUACUUUUACAAGGGUUACAAGAAAAUGUGUCAAUAGUAAAAGAUAAGAUCAACGAUGCAUUAAUGGCUGCUGUCAAACAUCACUAUACAACCAUUCAUCAAGCUGUGGCUGUAGCCAUUCAGUGGCAGUUCAAAGACAGUCAUAAAUGGAGAAAUUUUGAGCCCAUUUUAAAUGCUGAAAUAGAAAGUGGAUAUAAAAAAAAGAAGCCCACACUUGAUGUUAAAGACUCCAAAGGUCGGUCGUACAGAAUUGAUUUUCAAAAUAUGACUGAAUGUCUUGUUGAUGCUCAUGGUAACCCUCAGAACAAGCAACUUAAAAUCAGACGCCAAGAUCAAACAAAAGAGGAACCUCUUCCAAAACGAUGGUCUGAAAUGGAAGACUCAGAAAAUCUAAAACUGGUGCCUCUAAAACCUGGAAGUCCUGAAUAUAAAAAAGUAGAGGAUGGUUUCAAAAAGACAAGUAAAAAAAUUAUUCAGAUUGACCGUGUCCAAAAUAAAACACUGUACCAACAAUAUGCUGCAAAAAGACGAGAAAUUGCUGGCAGAAAUCCAGAAGGACACGAAAAUGAAAAAAGACUUUAUCAUGGAACCAAUUACAAUAAUGUUGAUCAAAUAAACCUAACUGGUUUCAGUCGGAACUACAGUGGAGCUAAUGCAACUGUCUACGGUGAAGGUGUAUAUUUUGCUACAGACCCAACCUACUCAGUGAAUUAUGCAGGCGCGGACAGUAAUGGUAUUAAGAAAAUGUACCAGGCCAGGGUUCUUGUAGGAGAAUCAGCUGUGACCAAGCGGGGGGAUCGACAUCCCCCAAACAAACCUGGAAAAAUCUACACUUACGAUUCAGGCACUGAUGGUAAUGGUGUGAUGUACAUCAUUUUUCAUGAUGCUCAAGCUUAUCCUGAGUACAUGAUCACAUUUUCCUAGAUGGUUCUAAAUACUUUCAACUUUUAAAUUUUUUAAUUUGAUAAUUACAUUAAAAUGGCUAUGGUGUUUGGUAUGUUACUUUAAAUAAAACAAUUAAGUUUUUAAUGAUUAAUACUUGUUAUUGAUUUUUGCUGAAAUAACAAUAAUACUGCCUGUUAAUUGUAUGUAUUUUUAAAUGUACUUGUUAUUUUUAAUUUUAAAAAAAGAGUAUGUGAGCUUGUUUUACUUUUAGUAUCUUACAAAUAUUAAAACAAUGUAUAUAAUGCUUUUUAAAAAAAAAAGAUGACAAAGGCAGUAUUAUUGUUGUUAGUUACUGUGCAACAACACCAUUUGAAGUGUUAAACUAUGUGCUCAAACAUUUACAAUGACCUGGCACUGAAUGAAGCAGUAAUGUUAAAUUUUAGGGAUGAUAAAUGUAAAUUAAAUUGUAAUUACCACUACAAUUAAUUUCUUAGUAUUCCCAAUCAUUUUGUAAAACCAUAAACAUUAAUUUUACUUGCUUUAAAUUGUGUGUUUCAUUUAUUUAUGUUUGAAACAGAAAAUUUGCAAUAUAUUUUUGAUCAGAAAGUAUUAUACUCCUUGUUGUUUAAUGGUGGCUAUACUGGUUUGUAUUGAAACUUAAAUGCAAUAACAUACUCUACAAUAACAUAUGUAUCUUGGGCUUAUGUUUAUCAGUGUUUUGUUGAAACUUAAAUGCAAUAACAUACUCUACAAUAACAUAUAUUUCUUGGGCUUAUGUUAAUCAGUGUUUUGUUAUUUAUUUUCUGUAGAUAGACAUUAGGUUAAAAAUUUCUUUCAUUUUCCAUCAGGAAUAGAGAUCUUCUAUUUGAACUCUGAUGUUUGAUUUUAUUGUUAUUUAUUAUCCUUUCUGGAAAUUUUAUUUACAGUAAAA